AUGUCUUCACCUUCAUCGGUUUCAACUCCACUUUCAUCAUGGUGGAAUAAUAUGUCGCUAUCUGGCUAUUAUGCCACUAUUUCAACACCAAGCACUUCUAAUUUCUCGUGGGGUUUUGAUGGAUAUACAAAACAGAAUAUUGUGCCAUCUCAAGGAAUGUCAACUGCAGCCGGGUAUACUGAAGAUAUUACUGUAGCUGGAUCUUUGUUGAAAGAUAAGAUUAGUGGAUUGUAUGAAUCAUUGAUUCGAAAAGAAACACCGCUGACUGGUUGUGGAUAUGGAGAAGAUGGAAGAAUUGCUAUGAUGGUAUGCCUGAAUCGUAAUUGGUCCGGGCUUGAAAUCUGAAUCAUAUUAUCCUCCAAAAAUAAAUCGGGAGGAGCUCUUCCCUCAUUUAAAAAUGCUCCUAAAUAUUGAAGCCGUGGAAGAGAAAACCACUACCGUAGACUUUGGAAAUUUUUGGUUUUCUAGGCCAUAUCCUCUUUUAAUAUUUUGUCAACAAAAAACAUCGAGUUUGGGACACCCUAAAAUACUCGAUAAAUGUUUGGAUGUGAUUCUCCGAGAGAAGUACACACAAAUAAAAUAAUGUGUGCAAUAGAGCGCACUUUCUUUCCUAGUUUUAAGGUUUUAGCAAGUUGUGUUUUUCACCAAAAGAUCCGUAUUCGCUUGCUUUUAAAACAAUUAUUUGUCCUUGGGGACAAAUACUGAACGAAAUUAGGAAGUUAUUUAUUUCCUUCAGGAACUACUUCUUUUUGAGCCAAGAGAACGAGAGAAAAGUCAAUCAAAAGUGACACGUGUCAAAUUAGCAUCAUUUGUUUUUUGUAUAUAUUCAUUUUUUGCAGGUCGACAAAGUUUAUUUGGUGGAUCGACUUGGUGCACACGAAAAUCUAUUAGGAACAGUUCAUGUGACUACAACUCAUAUUAUAUUCAGAGCUGAAGAUGGAUCCAAAGAACUUUGGGUAAAUAACUUUUCUUACGUCAUCAAAAAAACUCUCAUAUUUCAGUUGGCGAAUGGUUUGAUUGCUUCAGUCGAACGUGGUUCUCUUACAGCAGCUGGUUGUAUUUUAAUAAUUCGAUGUAAACAUUUUCAAGUGAUAUCAUUGUUGAUUAGUCGCGAUAAAGCGUGUCAGGAUUUGUAUGAAACAUUGGUGCACGCGUCGAAACCAGGUUUGUGAAAUUUUUUGGGGGUUUUUUUUGAAGCUAGCUUCGAUUCCCAAUCCAAAACUUCCACUUUCCUUUUUUCGAAAUAAAAAAUGAUGAGUUUUUAGUUUCAGUGAAUGUUUCGGAAUUGUUGGCAUUCGAAAAUCGAGAAAUAAAUGAAGAUUCAAAAACAUGGAAAAGAUUGGAUUGGAGUGCGGAAAUGAGAAGACAGGAAAUUCCACAAGAUCAAUGGAUGGAAUCUGAUAUUAAUAGUGAUUAUCAGGUAUUGAUUUCCUACAUAAAAAUAAAUUUCGCAGUUGCCCCUUUCAGAUUUGCGAUACAUAUCCAGAUCGACUCUGGUUUCCAACAUCUGCCAACACAGCUGUUCUAAUGGGAAGUUGUAGAUUUCGGUCGAGAGGAAGACUUCCGGCACUCACUUAUUAUCAUAAAUCAACUGGUGCUGCUCUUUGUAGAUGUGCUCAACCAUUGACUGGAUUUUCGGCGAGAUGUGUUGAGGAUGAAAAAUUGAUGGAACUUAUAGGCAAAGCUAAUACGAAUUCGGAGAAUUUAUUUUUGGUUGAUACACGGCCACGGGUUGGUUUUUCGAGGGUUUUUUGUGUUGAAACUUACUGGAAAUUUAAGAAUCUGCGCUAACUAGAAAUGCAGAUUGUUUUAUUAAAUCUCCAUUAUCUAGCAAUUUCUUGAUCCAUUUUCAUGAAAAAUAUUUUUUUUUCAGCCUCUGAAACUAUUUUCGAACAGGAAAUCCGAAUUUUAAGCCCUGAAAGAUAGUAAUGUAGAUUUUGAAGCAUCUGAAUCUUGGAUUUUUUUUUUAAAUUUAAACUGGAAAAUCUCAAAAACACAAAAUUUACACCAAAUUCCUUAAUUCAAAAAUCAAUCAAUAUAUUUUUCUUCAGGUAAACGCAAUGGUAAAUAAAGUGCAAGGAAAAGGAUUCGAAGACGAGCGAAAUUAUUCGAAUAUGCGCUUUCAUUUUUUCGAUAUCGAAAAUAUUCAUGUAAUGAGAAAUAGUCAAGCGAAAUUAUUGGAUGCUGUUACAAAAUGCAAAGAUGUAACCGAAUAUUGGAAAACUAUGGAAACAAGUGGAUGGUUGAAACAUAUUCGAGCUGUAAUUGAAUGUGCUCUGUUUUUAGCUGAAAGUAUUAGUCGAGGAACAUCUUGUGUUGUUCAUUGUUCGGAUGGUUGGGAUAGAACAUCGCAAACUGUUGCAUUGUGUCAAUUGUUGCUUGAUCCGUAUUAUAGAACUAUUCAUGGAUUUCAGGUAAUUUCAACACAUUUUACAAAAAUUCUUUUCCCAAAUUCUCAAAAAUUCCCACUUUUUCAAGGUUCUGAUAGAAAAAGAUUGGCUCGGCUUCGGCCAUAAAUUCGAUGAUCGAUGUGGUCAUGUUGGAGCACUAAAUGAUGAAGCUGCCAAAGAAGUUUCACCAAUAUUCAGUCAAUUUCUCGAUUGUGUUUGGCAAAUAAUGCAACAAAGACCGCGCGCUUUUCAAUUCAAUGAACGAUAUUUGAUUGAAAUGCACGAAAAUGUAUAUAGUUGCCAAUUUGGAACAUUUAUUGGAAAUUGUGAUAAAGAUCGAAGAGAUUUGAAUGUGGCGAAACGAACGAAAUCGUUGUGGAAUUGGAUGGAUUUGAGACAUGAUGAUUAUAUUAAUCCAUUUUAUGCGGUAAUUUAUUUUGGGGGGGGGGGUGGUUCUAAAAAAGUGCUGAAAAUCUUGGACUUUUGUUUCCAAACCUAGAAAAUUGGUUUUCUCAAGCUUGAAACUGGGCCUAAACUUAGCCACGGGCCAUUCAAAGCCCAAAUUUUCGAUCUGGUCUAAAUCUUCUGAUUAAAAUUUUAGGCCAUAUUUUCAAAGCCUAAUUUUUCAAGCCUAAGUACUAAGUACUGGGCCUAGGAUGAAAAAUCAGGGUUCAUUUGAAAGCAAAAGUUUUAAAUUUAUUUUUAAAAAAUUAAGAUUAUUUUCCGAACAUUUUUUUCCGAAAAAUUCUUACUCAUCGCCGGUUUCUCUGAUCCAAAAUUUCUCAAAUAGUUAUCUAUUUUCCAGCCAACUUCACAUUCUGCUCUUUUUGGAUUUGGAUACCCGCGCAGCUCAUUUCCACGUUUGGAUCGGAUUAUAUAAUCGAUUCGAUGAAGGACUUCAACCACGUGAAAGAAUUGAUGAUUUAACAAUGACUGCAAUUGAACACGUUGGAGUUCUUGAAUCACAUGUUGCACAAUUACGAAUCAAAUUGGCUGAAUUACGAUCGCAAAUUGGAAUAUCUGGACAAACAUCGAGUAAUAUGAUUGAUAGUGGAACAAGUAGUGCGACUGAGGAAUUUAAGAAUAUGGUGGGUGGUUUUUUUGUCUGAAAAUAAACAAAAUACGAGAAACCUAAGAAGCCUAGUUUCUUCUUUAAAAAAUCGACAACUUUUUUGAUGUUCCCCUUUCCUUUUCAGACAAUAUCGCAUCCACUUGAAAUAUCUUCACCGAUUCCAUUUUUGGAGCGAGCAAAUAGUCAGGAAAGUGGAGUUAUGGAAUCGAGCAUGUGUUCGGUGAGUUUUGAAAUUUUGAAUAUUGUAAGAGCUUGAGAAAUUGAGAAUCUGAAUUCAGAUUCUGAAAUAACAGGCCUAAAAUAGGCCCUAACGAGGCUGCUUUUUUUCCCGAAAGAAUUUUUGAAAAAAAAAUUUUUUUUUGGAAAUUUUUAAUCAAAAAUUUUUCCCGCCCAAAUCAAAAUUUUGAUUUGGGCGGGAAAGAAUUUUUGAGAAAAAAAAUUUUUUUUUUGGAAAUUUUUAAUCAAAAAUUUUUCCCGCCCAAAUCAAAAUUUUGAUUUGGGCGGGAAAGAAUUUUUGAGAAAAAAAAAUUUUUUUUUGGAAAUUUUGAGUAAAAAUGAUCUCCCCCCCCCUCGAAAAAUUUUUCCAAAUGCCAUGAUCUCCCCCUCACAGUUUUUGGAGCAAUGCCAUGUAUGACCUUAACAACGAAUUUCUGAGGUUUCCCAGCCAAUGUUCCUUUAAAAAAUCAAUAUUUGCAGGAUGAAUCAAUAUCAAAAUAUCAAUUAAAAUGGCAACCAUUACGCGGUGCAACACGUUGCUCAAACAUUGCAUGUCGUGGAGAAUUUUCGUCGACAAUUGAUCGACGAAUUCAUUGUCAUCGAUGUGGUUUGGUUGGUUUUUUGAGGGAGAGGGACUUUUUUGAAGAAAAUCAACAUCUCAUAAGUUUUUUUUUAGAAAAUUCUGUUUUCCACGUGAAUUUGGAGUGCUAAAGUUUUGAAUUUCCGGUUUUUCUGGGAAUUUAACAUUUCAGCCACAUUUUCAGAAAUAAUUUAGUUAGCUUUUAAAAAUUGCAGCUUUCCACGUGGAUUUUAAACGAGAACAAAUUAAAUUUGAAAUUUGGGAGGAAAAUUUCGAAGUAGAAAAUUUCGAUACAAUUUUUUAAAUUAGGAACGAAUUUCUAAAAUUUAAAAUUUCUGUUCACCAUUCUUCAAAUUUUCAAUUAAAAAUACUCGAAAUUAUAAAAUUUAUCACCGCUUUCCAAAUUUCCGAUUCUCCCAAAAAACUCAAUAUUUCCAGAUUUUCUGCCGUCGAUGUGUUCAUGUAACAUCAGAUCAACGUGAAAGAUUAUGCGAUAAAUGUGAUUAG